AUGGAUUUCCAGCAGCUGGCUGACGUUGCGGAGAAAUGGUGUUCCAACACGCCCUUCGAGCUCAUCGCCACCGAGGAGACCGAGCGCAGGAUGGAUUUCUACGCCGACCCCGGCGUCUCCUUCUACGUGCUGUGUCCGGACAACGGCUGCGGGGACAAUUUUCACGUGUGGAGUGAGAGCGAGGACUGCCUGCCUUUUUUGCAGCUAGCACAGGAUUAUAUCUCCUCCUGCGGCAAGAAGACGCUCCAUGAAGUCUUGGAAAAAGUCUUCAAGUCUUUCAGACCUUUACUGGGGCUUCCAGAUGCAGAUGACGACGCAUUUGAAGAGUACAGUGCGGACGUGGAAGAGGAGGAGCCAGAGGCGGACCACCCCCAAAUGGGGGUCAGUCAGCAGUAG